GAGCAGCUCUGAAGUACCUGAGGAUGGAUAAAGACUUCCGCUACUACUUCCAGCACCCGUGGUCUCGCUUAGUUGUGGCUUACCUCGUGAUCUUCUUCAACUUCUUAAUAUUUGCCGAGGACCCGGUGUCUCACAGUCAGACAGAAGCCAAUGUGAUUGUUGUUGGGAACUGCUUCUCCUUUGUAACCAACAAGUACCCCGAGAGCGGCGGCUGGAGAUGCCUGAAGGUGCUGCUGUGGCUGCUGGCCAUUCUCACAGGGCUGAUCGCUGGGAAAUUCCUCUUUCACCAGCGCCUCUUUGGUCAGUUGCUCCGUCUGAAAAUGUUUCGAGAGGACCACGGGUCUUGGAUGACAAUGUUCUUCAGUACCAUCCUCUUCCUCUUCAUUUUCUCUCACAUUUAUAAUCUAUUCCUCAUUAUGGCAGGGAAUAUGAGUGCAUACAUUAUAACAGACUUCAUGGGCAUCAGGAAUGAAAAUUUUAUGAAGGUAGCUGCAGUUGGGACUUGGAUGGGAGAUUUUGUCACAGCAUGGAUGGUCACUGACAUGAUGCUUCAGGACAAACCCUACCCAGAUUGGGGAAAGUCAGCCAGAGCUUUCUGGAAGAAAGGGAACGUUAGGAUCAUUUUAUUCUGGACGGUUCUAUUUACCCUGACCUCCGUAGUUGUGCUUGUCAUCACUACCGACUGGAUCAGCUGGGACAAGUUGAAUCGUGGAUUUCUGCCAAGUGAUGAGGUCUCAAGAGCAUUCUUGGCUUCUUUUAUCUUAGUGUUUGACCUUCUUAUUGUCAUGCAGGACUGGGAGUUCCCACAUUUUAUGGGUGAUGUUGAAGUGAAUCUUCCAGGCUUGCCAUCUGCACACAUGCAGUUCAAAGUACCUUAUUUCCAAAAGAUCUUAAAAGAGGAGUAUCACAUUCAUAUAACAGGCAAAUGGUUUAACUAUGGGAUUAUCUUUCUUGUUUUAAUCUUGGAUCUAAAUAUGUGGAAGAACCAAAUAUUUUACAGACCUCAUGAAUAUGGUCAAUAUAUUGGUCCUGGACAGAAGAUCUACACCGUGAAGGACUCAGAAAGCUUGAAAGAUCUUAACAGAACUAAGUUGUCUUGGGAAUGGAGAUCCAAUAACACUAACCCGUUGACCAACCGGACCUAUGCCGAAGGAGACAUGUUCUUGCACAGCAGAUACAUAGGCUCUAGCCUUGAUGUCAAAUGCCUGGCUUUUAUUCCAAGUUUGCUGGCUUUUGCUUUGUUUGGUUUCUUCAUCUGGUUCUUUGGGCGAUUUCAAAAAACUGACCAAGGCAUGGAGAAUUUAGACAAAUCAUACACAAGAAUGAAACGAAAGUCACCGUCAGAUAUGGGAAUGACACGAGAAAAUACACAGGUGUUAGUAGAAGAACCAUUAAGUUUUCAAGAACCACAUCUUGUAUCCAUAAAAUCAGACUUAAGUGAAAUAGUUUUUAAUUCUUCUCUCCUAACUUCUGAAAACUUGAACGCACAGUUGAGUGAACAAGAUAGCCCCUUACAACCAGUACCAGAGUCCGCUGUCCCUAAGAGUAACCCUACAACAUAGAGUCAAAUACCCAGGAAAAUCAGUUUAAAUAAGCAGUUGCUAUCAGAGUUCAGUUUUACCUUUUGUAAGUUAAGAUUUACAUAGUGUUUAGAAUAAGAAACUUAAUCUAUACCAAACGGUGCUCAGCAUGCUUUUUCUAGGAUUUUUUUUUUUUUAUUUGUAUUAGAGUACGUGCCUACUGUAUAUCUAACAUUCCUUUAUAGAUUGCUUCCCAAAAUUGCACAAGCUAUUUAUUAAUACAUUACCUUAACUGUACAAUAGUGUAUUAGAUGAUUACUUGCAGGUAUAAAAUUCUACCAUGGUGGUGCCUUGAGACAUUAAACUGUUUUUUAACUCAACACCAGAUGUAUAGCACAGUUAUUCUGAUCUGUUUUGGAGUGUUUUUUGUAUAUGGUUAUUUUCAGAAUCAUUUGAUGUCUUAACAGAGGAGAUAAACACAGUUAUUCCUUGAGGAGAUUUUCAGUUAGAACAUCACAACUUGACUUUGUUAUUUACUCAUCUGUGGAGCCAGUGACUUUGAUGACCGGACUGCAGAGAAGCAUGUUGAUUACCUUUUAAUUUACGCUGGCUAGCUGCCAAACACAAAUACAGAUUCAUUAUGCAGUAAACAGUAGAGCGAUAAUACAGCAUGGGUCACUACUUACGAAAAUAUGACUUUCUCCAUCAGCAACAGCAAUUAGGUGAUAAUGCCUAAUUAUAUUUUUCAUAAUUAAAGAUAAACUGCUCCUUGAUUAAAAAUUCUGCCCUUCACCUUUCAGAAACAGAGGUGAAAAUACACGGUUGAAGCAACUUUUUCCAUCAUCACACCAAACCCAUGUCACAUCAAAGAGCCAAUGGAGUGAUUACAGUAAAGGACGCAGAGCCCAUUAAAUCCUGUAUUUGUAUGGUUUGGUGCAGGUACGGUGAAACAGGCUGGAGAAAUGCACCACACACACAGACACUCUGAACUGACACCACACACUGAAGAAGUGUUUAGGAGUUUCAAUUAAACCAGAUCAAUACUUGAGUUGUCUUGUACUCUUUUCUUUCUUCAUUCACUAUCCAUGAGUAAAUGUAACGUGGAAUCAGA